UUUUUUGACUACCUUUGCUUGCACAUGUUUGAUUCUUGUAUCAGCGUCCGUACACGUCUUGUUCUACUGUUCUUGAAUAUGUCUUCAACCUCUUCUUCUUCUCUUCUUCAUGCUCCUUCCUCUGUUUUGUACCGGGCGGCCCUGUGAUUUCGAUUCCCUCUUGCUCCUUGAAAAAAAAAGAAAGGGUGUCUAUUUAUUGCAACUUAGAUGGGAACCAAAAAACGUGUUACGAGCCGGCGGGCAGCGGUUGCAUUCUUCCAACAACUACUGCUCUUCAACAUUUUUUUUUUUCUUUUCUUGUGGAUUUGUUCUUUUCCCUUCUUCUUCUCCAAUGUUUUGUUUGUGAUACCAGGAAAUCUAGGUUAAUGGAGGGCAAACAGGAAACAACAAAAAGGGGGGAAAAAUCACUGGACUGGACUGGCCUGCUGCCUCGGAUGGGAAAUCGGAUG